AAAAGGCGCUGGACAAAACAGAAAGCUUUCCUCUUUUUGUCCUUAUGCCUUUUAUAUGAGAAUACAAGAAUAGAUGGACGCAUUCAUUAUAAGCUACAUAUUCUUUGGAAUUAUUUCAGGUUUAUCUGAAGGAUAUGGUUUGUUGGAAGAUGGUCCUCUGAAUGCAUCUGUUGGAGGGACAGUGAUGUUCAGAACAAAUAGGCCUCCAACAGAAGAACCAUUUUUGAUGGUGGUUUGGAAUUUUAAUCAUAAUGAGAGGUCAAUUAUAACCUGGCUGCCCACUCAAAACAAUACUGGACCAGAGUAUGAAGGCAGGAUCACCCUCUUCACAUCUACUGGAUCUCUAGAGCUAAGGAACCUGGCACUCAGUGACAGUGGGGAUUACAGAGUUAGCAUUUUACCAGUUGGAGAAAACACACAAAUAGGAUCCACCAGACUGGACUUAUAUGAACCAGUUUCCGGUGUAACAGUAACUCCACAAAGUGCAGACUUGGUUGAGUUCAGUGGUUCUGUCAGUCUGUCUUGCUCCUCCUCUGGAUCGUCUCUCUCCUUCCUCUGGAUGAACAGCAGCUCUGAGGUUACAGCCAGCGACAGAGUUCAGAUCAAAACGACUGAGGGAGGAUCAACUCUGACUAUAAUCAAUGUGACGCGCUAUGACCACGGUCUAUAUCACUGCCAUGUGCUAAAUCCUUCCUCUGAUGGUAGAAGUCCUCCAGUGAACAUCUUCAUCAGUUAUGGUCCAGAAAAUACAACGCUAAACGUUUCUCCAUCAAAGGAACAUUAUGUAGAAGGGUCAGACAUUACUCUGGCUUGCUCAGCUGAGUCGAGACCUUCUGCUGAAUUUACAUGGUUUCUAAAUGGAGACCCGCUGCCUGAUACUGGACCAGAACUAAAGCUGAAGAACAUUCAGAUCAGCCAGAGUGGAAACUACAGCUGCCAGGCCUUUAACAACAAAACCCGGAGAGAUCAAACAUCCCAGCCUUCAAUUAUCUCUGUACUUGAACCAGUCUCCAGUGUGACAGUAACUCCACAAAGUGCAGACUUGGUUGAGUUCAGCAGUUCUAUCAGUCUCUUCUGCUCAGCCUCUGGAUCAUCGCUCUCCUUCCUAUGGAUGAAAAGCAGCUAUGAAGCUAAAGCCAGCAACAGAAUUCAGAUCAGUGAUGGAGGAUCAACUCUGACUAUAUUCAAAGUGACCCGCUAUGACCACGGUCUAUACAGCUGCCAUGUGCAAAAUGCUGUCUCUAAUGGUAGAAGUUCUCCAGUGAACAUCUUCAUCAGCUAUGGUCCAGAAAAUACAACGCUAAAAGUUUCUCCAUCAAAGGAACAUCAUGAAGAAGGAUCAGACAUUACUCUGGGUUGUUUAGCUGAGUCGAGACCUUCUGCUGAAUUUACAUGGUCUCUAAAUGGAAACCCGCUGCCUGAUACUGGACCAGAACUAAACCUGAAGAACAUUCAGAUCAGCCAGAGGGGAAACUACAGCUGUCGGGCCUUUAACAACAAAACUCGGAAAUUUCAAACAUCCCAGGCCUCAGCUGUCUCUGUACUCGAAAAUAAUAAACUCUCAGGAGGUGUCAUUGCUGGAAUAGUAAUUGCAUGUUUAGUAGUUAUUGCUGCAGGAGCUGCUGGAGUCUGCUUUGUCUAUAAAAGAACAAGAAAUCUGAAGGAUAAACCACAUUCAGCCAAAACAGGUUAG